UAAUUAAAAGCAUUUGCAGAGAUUAAUGGUAAAUUAAUAGAUGCUAAACCCCAAUAUUAUUGAUCUUUAAAAAAAAUGGGUUUUUUUUUGUUGCAUGCUGAGAAGGUGAAUUUUUGACAUUGUGAUGAAAGCGCGCCCUCUAUCUACUGUGGUGAAAUUGGGCCCGCAGGUGGUGCAGGUGGCGCCCUGCUUGCUGUAGCGCGAAUGGUGUGUAAAAAAAAUGGAUGUCAGUGGUAUGCAGUUUUGUUUAUGUGUAGCAACGAGUGAGUACAGUUCGAAAGUUAAGUAAAAAAGCUGGUUUAGACCUCCAUGUACAGACAUAGUAUACACUCGAAAUAGCUGUCCAGUUUAUAAUGACUGACCAGUGAGUUUUAUCUUCUUUUUUAUCAUCAUCAUUCAUAUUGUGACUUGCACUGUCGAGUUUAUUUUUUUAUAACGUUGAGUUACGUUCACGUUGUCACUGCCUGCAUUCUGUGACUUGCCUUGCAUGGAUGAAAUGGACGAAUGAUUGGUGAUUUUAUAUUAUUUUGAUUGGAUUGUUUUACGUGGAUUUUCCUGGAUUUCAGAAGACCAUGAUGUCAUACUCGUAGUAUAUGAUUUUUCAAACCUUGCAUAAAAGAAAGAGAACGUUCAUUGUUACAUGUAGCUGUGUUAGUGUUUCUUACUUCCUGAGUUGAGCAAUACCUGUCGAUGUCAAGAUGUUGGUCCCGAUCUUCACCUUGAAAUUGAACCAUAAGAUUAACCCUCGUAUGGUGACACUGGGCAAGUACGAUGGCAAACAUCCAAAUUUGACAGCUGCUACCACGGCAGGCAAGGUCUUCGUCCAUAACCCCCACACUCGAAUGGCUCAUUCGACUGGCCGUGCAUCAGAAGCGAGUGUUGAUUCAGAUAUCAGCUUGCUCAGUAUCAACCAGAAGAUCAGCGCAGUCUCUGCCGGGUCUCUUGACUCCAUGGGAGUCACUGACGUCUUGAUGGUUGGGACACAGACAAACCUGCUGGCUUAUGAUGUACAGAAUAACACUGAUGUGUUUUACAAAGAUGCUCCAGAUGGUGUGAAUGCAAUCGCCGUUGGUCAACUAGGAGACAUUGAGACUCCCUUGGCCAUCAUUGGUGGUAACUGCUCACUGCAAGGCUUUGACAGUGAGGGGAAUGACCUCUUCUGGACUGUGACAGGGGACAAUGUAUGUUCCCUCGUCCUGUGUGAUGUCACUAAUGAUGGAGAACAAGAGCUUAUCGUGGGAUCAGAAGAUUUCGACAUUCGUGUCUUCAAGAAAGAUGAAAUUAUAGCUGAAAUGACAGAGACAGAGGCAAUAUCAGCAUUGUGUGCAAUGGCAAACAACCGUUUUGGUUACGCUUUGGCAAAUGGAACAGUUGGUGUGUACGAGAACAACUCGCGUUACUGGAGAAUCAAGUCCAAGAACCAGGCUGUUAGUAUUCAUAGUUUUGACUUGAAUGGAGACGGGGUACCAGAGUUGAUCACAGGCUGGAGUAAUGGCAAGGUGGACGCCCGCAGCGAUCGCACUGGGGAGGUGAUAUUCAAAGAUAAUCUAUCCUCAUCAGUCGCUGGUAUUGUGGAAGGAGACUAUAGAAUGGAUGGACACAGUGAACUUAUCUGUUGCUCUGUCGAAGGAGAAGUACGUGGCUACUUACCGGCCUCUCAAGAGCUGAAGGGUAACCUGAUGGAUACCAACGUAGAGCAAGAGACCAUCAGAGAGCUCAGCCAGAGGAAACAGAAUCUACUGCUGGAACUCAAAAACUAUGAAGAGAAUGCAAAGGCGGGGCAGACCCAGCGGCCAUCAGGGAUGGGUGAGCUAGACAAGGCCCAGAUGGGGAUCAUUCCGGCUAACACACAGCUCCAGACGUCGCUCAUGGUGACUGCAGGAGAUACUAACAAACCUCCCCAUGUUGAGCUCUCCGUGUCUACAACUAACGACACAGUUGUCAGAGCCAUUCUGAUCUUUGCUGAAGGAAUCUUUGAAGGGGAGAGCCAUGUGGUUCAUCCCAGUGCUCAGAACCUUUGCAACUCGGUCAAAGUCCAAGUUAUUCCCCCGAAAGAUGUACCUGUUGAUCUUCACAUCAAGGCGUUCGUUGGAGGCAAAUCCAGCAACCAAUACCAUGUGUUUGAGUUAACAAGGCAGCUACCACGUUUCUCUAUGUAUUUACCAUGUCCAGAGGAUACACCAGAACCAAAGAGCAGUGUUUCCUUCACUGUCAAUGAGAGAAUCCAGAGGGUCUUGAUGUGGGUCAAUCAGAAUUUCCUCUUGAAUGAAGACAUUACCUGUAAGGGUGAGCUCAACAUUGGCUUCAUAUCGCUGCGUGGUUCAGGACCAGUGUUUAUCAACAUGCAGACCAGUGGACAGAUCUGCAUUAAGACGGACGACAUGGAUCUAGCUGGAGACCUGAUUCAGGCCAUUAGUAAUUUCCUUGGUAUUGAAGACCUGCAAGUCAUAGCCGACUUCCCAAUGCACAUGGAGGAACUCAACAAUGUUCUCAUAAAG